CUGCAUCUGAAUUGAUCCUUACACUUAUCUGAAUGAGCAUGAUGAGUGUUACCGACCUGUCAACCCACAUUAUCGACUCUGACGGCGAUGUGGUGAUCGUCUUACAGGAUUCCAAUCAUGCGUUUGCGCCCUGGAAUGAGGCCGGAUCCCCGGAGAUGGCUCGUCCACCUUCGUCAUUAGGCAUCGAUGAGGAUGAUGAGUAUCAGGAGAAUUCCAACGUAGAACCUGUCGAAACCGCCGGUGACUACAAAAAAACGCCGACAAAAGAGGUUCACCGUAUCUUAGUAUCCGGAAAACAUCUAGCUCUCGCGUCAUCCUACUUCAAGAAGAUGCUCCGCGGGACGUGGAAAGAGACCACCUCUCACCUCCCAGCAGACCCCAUGGUGUUAGCCGCCAAAGGCUGGGAUUUAGAAGCACUCUUGAUCGUCCUCAAGGUAUUGCACUGCCAAAGCUCACAGAUCCCGAGGAAACUGAGCUUAGAGAUGAUCGCCAAGAUCGCGGUCGUGGCGGACUACUACCAGUGCAAGGAGGCGCUGGACCAAACACUUACUGCAGGGACCUCUUCUUGUGGAUCUGGAUCUCGUGGUUCUUCGGUCGCCAGAGUCAGUUCCGACAAACCACCUCGACGGCGGCGUCGCGGAGCACCUCGCCUGUAGCCAGCCUCGGCUUACCAAUUCCUGGCGCAAUCAUUGG